AUGCAGGAGGAGGCCGGCCACUCGGUGGGUCCCCGCCGGGCGGUGGAGAAGCUGUCGGAGGCGGUGGGGCAGCGGGCCAAGGCUCUGGGCAGCGCCCUGCAGGAAACUCGCCGCCAGCGGCGCCUCCUGCUGGCCAUCGUCUGCGUGGCGCUGCUGCUGGACAACAUGCUCUACAUGGUCAUCGUGCCCAUCAUCCCCAACUACCUGGCGGCCAUGGGCGGCGCGUCGGCCGGGCAGAGCCUGGCGGUCAACGGCAGCGGCGGCGAGGCGGGCGGGGGCUGGGCCGGCAACGCCAGCAAGAUCGCCGGGAUGCCCCCGCCGCCCGUGCUCCCCGACAACCAGGACCUGAAGGUCGGCGUGCUCUUCGCCUCCAAGGCCAUCCUGCAACUGCUGGUCAACCCGUUCACCGGCACCUUCAUCGACCGCGUGGGCUAUGUGCUGCCGCUGCUCAUCGGGCUGCUGGUCAUGUUCCUCUCCACGCUCAUCUUCGCCUUCGCAGAGAACUACAGCACGCUCUUCGUGGCCCGCAGCCUGCAAGGGCUGGGCUCGGCCUUCGCCGACACCUCCGGUGUGGCCCUCAUCGCCGACAAGUACCCGGAGGAGCAGGAGCGCAACCGGGCGCUGGGCCUGGCGCUGGCCUUCAUCUCCUUCGGCAGCCUGGUGGCGCCCCCCUUCGGCGGCAUCCUCUACCACAUAGGCCGCCAGAAGGCGGCGCCCUUCCUGGUGCUGGCCUCCAUGUCGCUGCUGGACGCGCUGCUGGUGCUGGUGGCGCUCAAGCCCUUCGCCCGCCAGGCCCGGGAGAACAUGCCGGUGGGCACGCCCAUCCACCGGCUGAUGGCCGACCCCUACAUCGCGGUGGUGGCCGGCGCGCUCACCACCUGCAACGUGCCGCUGGCCUUCCUGGAGCCCACCAUCGGCACGUGGAUGAAGACCACCAUGAAGGCCAACGAGUGGGAGAGGGGCCUGGCGUGGCUGCCGGCCUUCUUCCCCCACAUCCUGGGCGUCUUCCUCACGGUCAAGCUGGCGGACAAGUAUCCCCACCUGCAGUGGUUCUACGGGGCGCUGGGCAUGGUGGUCAUCGGGGCCAGCUCCUGCGUGGUGCCCGCUUGCCGGAACUUUGGCCAGCUGAUGGCCCCCUUGUGCGGCAUCUGCUUUGGCAUCGCUCUGGUGGACACAGCCCUUCUGCCCACCCUGGCCUUCCUGGUCGAUGUGCGCCAUGUCUCCGUCUACGGCAGCGUCUACGCCAUUGCCGACAUCUCCUACUCGGUGGCCUAUGCCCUGGGGCCCAUCGUGGCCGGAGAGAUAGUACACUCCUUCGGCUUCACCCAGCUCAGCCUGGGCAUGGGCCUCGCCAACGUCCUCUACUCCCCGGUCUUGCUGGCCCUCAAAAACAUUUGCCAGAUGAAGCCCUCCCACUCGGAGAGGAACGUCCUUCUAGACGAGGAGCCCAAAGGACUCUAUGACACCAUCAAGAUGGAGGAACGCAAAGCCAAGGGGAGGAAUUGCCACCCGGUGGGGGGUUUCGAAGAGAAUAGUGUAGAUCCUCAUCAGAGAGACUCUAAAGGGGCUUUGGAGGACGAUUCCUCAGACUAUGACUAUACUUAG